GCCCCGCCGCCGGCCAGCCUUCAGCACCGCCCGCCCCGGACGCGGCUGCCGCCGGCGGGACGAGGAGCCUGGCCGGACCUGGCACCAUGAGCAGCCUCCCCGCCGACCGGGAGGGCGGCCCCGCCGACACCGGCCUGCCCGAGGAGGAGGUGAGGACGCUCUUCGUCAGCGGGUUGCCUCUGGACAUCAAGCCCAGGGAACUUUACCUGCUCUUCAGGCCCUUUAAGGGGUACGAAGGGUCUCUCAUCAAACUCACCUCCAAGCAGCCCGUGGGCUUCGUCAGCUUCGACAGCCGCUCCGAGGCAGAGGCAGCGAAGAACGCGCUGAACGGCAUCCGCUUCGACCCCGAGAUACCCCAGACGCUGCGGCUGGAGUUCGCCAAGGCGAACACCAAGAUGGCCAAGAGCAAGCUGGUGGGCACCCCCAACCCCAGCACGCCUCUCCCCACCGCCGUACCUCAGUUCAUUGCCCGGGAGCCCUAUGAGCUCACAGUGCCUGCACUUUACCCCAGUAGCCCUGAAGUGUGGGGGCCGUACCCUCUGUACCCAGCGGAGUUAGCACCUGCUCUACCUCCUCCUGCUUUCACCUAUCCCGCUUCGCUGCACGCCCAGAUGCGCUGGCUCCCUCCCUCCGAGGCUGGUUCUCAGGGCUGGAAGUCCCGUCAGUUCUGCUGAAUGCCAGGUCUCAGGUGUGUGAUGGUGGCCUACAGUCAGUCUUGUGGGUAUUAGUGGAGUCUUCCAAGGCGGCUACUGGGUUGGCGUGCUCUCCGCAAAACCACAGUGUGCUGGCUUGAAAAAAAUUAAAAAAAAAAACCUUCACACAAGUUUGGAUUCCUCCAA